GCUUCUCAAGGAGGGCAGGAGUUGGAAGCGACCGUUGUGAAACGUUAAAGAUUUUCUGGCAGAGGGAAAGGGAUUUUUUUUUUCUCCCUCCCUGCCGAGGAAAAAAACAGUUCUAACGAGGAGUUACUUUGUAGUUUUAACUCAUAUUCAAAUACUCCCAGCCGAGAAGCUGCCAUCGAUCCUCCCAUGGAACCCUGAUCCUGGUUUGGAGAAACUUUUCCCAGCUUGCUCUCCCUCCCUCAAAAACCUGUGUGAUGAGUUUGCAGAAGAGAGUCUUCCCAAGAAGGCAGAACGGGACUCAUGAAGUGGCAGCUAAGCCUUGUCCAGUGGCCACCCGUCAGCCAAGGGCCAGAGACCAGGAAAGGAAGAAAGGCAACUUCACUUCCCCUUUGAGGAUGGAAUCACACAGCCGCGCUGGAAAGAGCAGAAAAUCUGCAAAAUUUCGGUCCAUCUCCAGGUCCCUGAUGCUCUGUAAUGCUAAGACCAGUGACGAUGGUUCUAGCCCUGAUGAGAAAUAUCCUGAUCCCUUUGAGAUCUCCUUGGCCCAGGGCAAGGAGGGAAUUUUCCACUCAUCUGUGCAGCUGGCAGACACGUCGGAGGCUGGGCCAAGCAGCAUUCCUGAUCUAGCACUGGCCUCUGAGGCUGCUCAACUGCAAGCAGCUGGGAGUGAUCGAGGCAAGACCUGUAGGAGGAUAUUCUUCAUGAAGGAACCUUCCACAGCAUCCUCUCGAGAAAAGCCUGGAAAACUAGAAGCACAAAGUAGUAACUUCCUGUUUCCUAAAGCCUGCCACCAAAGGGCACGCAGCAACUCAACCAGUGUUAAUCCCUAUUGCACGGGAGAAAGUGAUUUUCCAACGACCAAGAAAUCCGCAGCAUCCACAGACAGGCAGCCUUAUUCCCUCUGCAGUAACAGGAAGUCUCUCUCUCAACAGCUGGCCUGUUCAGCAGGAAAGGCUGCGGGCACUGCAAGGCCGACACGGUCCCUGAGCACAGCUCAGCUCGUGCAGCCGUCCGGGGGCCUCCAGGCUUCUGUCAUCUCCAACAUCGUGCUGAUGAAAGGCCAGGCUAAGGGCCUGGGCUUCAGUAUCGUUGGAGGAAAAGACAGCAUUUAUGGCCCCAUUGGGAUUUACGUCAAAACCAUUUUUGCAGGGGGAGCAGCCGCCGCCGAUGGAAGGCUACAGGAAGGUAGGCUUCCCAGCGCUUUUCAGACCUCGAGCUGCGUUUCCUUCAACAGUAUUUCUUCAUCUCACCCUGCAUUGCUUCUGGAUGUUGCCGCCCUCUCUCUUUCCUUUCAGCAAGCCAAAAAGGGGCUCCUCACCCUCACCGUGAGAACCCGCCUGAUGGCGCCCCCUUCCCCGUGCAGCCACCUGUCUCCCGCGCUGUGCCGCUCCCUGAGCUCCAGCACUUGUAUCACCAAGGACAGCAGCUCCUUCGCCUUGGAAAGCCCCUCGGCCCCCGUCAGUGCCGCCAAGCCCAAUUACAGAAUCAUGGUGGAGGUUUCUCUGCAGAAAGAGGCUGGCGUGGGCCUGGGCAUCGGCCUGUGCAGUGUGCCCUACUUCCAGUGCAUCUCCGGCAUCUUCGUCCACACGCUGUCUCCGGGAUCCGUGGCGCAUCUGGACGGACGCCUCCGAUGUGGGGAUGAGCUUGUGGAAAUCAGUGAUUCCCCUGUGCACUGCAUGACACUCAACGAAGUCUACACCAUCCUGAGUCACUGUGAUCCUGGUCCCAUCCCCAUCACCGUCAGCCGACAUCCAGACCCACAGGUCUCUGAACAGCAACUCAAAGAAGCUGUGGCCCAGGCGGUGGAAAACAGCAAGUUUGGAAAGGAGAGGCAUCAGUGGAGUCUGGAAGGUGUCAAAAGGCUGGAAAGCAGUUGGCACGGGCGGCCUACCAUGGAGAAGGAACAAGAGAAGAACUCAGCGCCCCCGCAUCGCAGGGCUCAGAAGAUCAUGGUCCGCUCCAGCAGUGACAGCAGCUACAUGUCUGGGUCCCCGGGGGGAAGUCCUGGGGGUGGCAGUGCUGAGAAGCCGUCCUCCGACGUGGACAUCAGCACUCACAGCCCCAGCCUGCCCCUGGCACGGGAGCCAGGGGUGCUUUCUGUAGCAUCCUCCAGACUGCCCCAGGAGAGCCCGCCCCUCCGAGAGAACCGGGACAGCCACCCUCCGCUGAGACUAAAGAAAUCCUUUGAGAUUUUGGUGAGAAAGCCUACGUCCUCCAAGCCCAAGCCUCCACCCAGAAAAUACUUUAAAAGUGACAGUGACCCUCAGAAGAGUUUGGAAGAGAGAGAGAACUCCUCAUGCACAUCUGGACACACCCUGCCCACCUGUGGCCAGGAAGCCAGAGAGCUGCUGCCACUGCUGCUGCCACAGGAAGACACGGCAGGGAGAAGCCCUAGUGCCUCUGCCAGCUGCCCAGGACCUGGUGUCGGCCCACAGACCACGUUCUCCACAGAGGGCGAGCCAGGACAGAGAAGAGCCAGCCCAGUGACCCAAACAUCCCCGAUAAAACACCCGCUGCUUAAGAGGCAGGCUCGGAUGGACUAUAGCUUUGAUACCACAGCCGAAGACCCUUGGGUUAGAAUUUCCGACUGCAUCAAAAACUUAUUUAGCCCCAUCAUGACUGAGAACCAUAGCCACAUGCGUCUCCAGCACAAUGCCAGCCUGAGUGAAGACGAUGGGACGCAGGGCCACCCAGAUGGGACCCCACCAAAGCUGGAGACGGCCAAUGGCACUCCCAAAGUUUACAGGCCAGCAGACAGCAGCACUGUGAAGAAGGGUCCCCCAGUGGCUCCCAAGCCAGCCUGGUUUCGUCAAAGCUUGAAAGGUUUGAGGAGUCGUGCUUCCGACCCAAGAAGGCCCCCGGAUCCUGCCUUGUCUGCCCAGCCAGCACCUGCUUCCAGGGAGCACCCAGGACCACACACCCAGGCUUCCUCCUCCUCCUCCUCCUCCAUCAAGCAGAGAAUCAGCUCCUUCGAGACCUUUGGCUCCUCUCAACGGCCUGACAAAGGAGCCCAGAGACUAAGCCUACAGCUCUCCUCUGGGGAGGCAACAAAACCUGUUGGGAAGCAUGAGGGAGGUCGGCUUCCUGGACUCUGGGGCCGAGGGGCUGCACCCACUCUUGCACCCCAGAAGACUGAGCAAGUGCUGCCCUCGGGGUCUCCUGCAGCCUCCGAGGCCAGAGACCCAGGUGUGUCCGAGUCCCCUCCCCCAGGGCGGCAGCCCAGUGAGAAAACUCUUCCUCCUGGCCCGGACCCGCUCCUAAGGCUACUGUCAACACAGACUGAGGAAUCUCGAGGCCCAGUGCUCAAGAUGCCAAGCCAGCGAGCACGGAGCUUCCCCCUGACCAGGUCCCAGUCUUGUGAGACGAAGGUACUUGAUGAAAAGACCAGCAAACUCUACUCUAUCAGCAACCAAGUGUCAUCAGCUGUCAUGAAAUCCUUGCUGUGCCUCCCGUCUUCUAUCUCCUGGGGCCAGGCUCCCUGCAUCCCCAAGGAAGGGGCAUCUCCAACAUCAUCAUCCAACGAAGACCCAGCUGCAAAUGGUUUGGCUGAAACAUCUGCCUCGGACAUGGGGUUCUCGCUCAACCUUUCAGAGCUGAGAGAAUAUACAGAGGGUCUCUCAGAGGCCAAGGAAGCUGAUGAUGGGGACCACUGCUCCCCUCAGUCUGGUCAGUCUGUCAUCUCCCUGCUGAGCACAGAGGAAUUAAAAAAACUCAUCGAGGAGGUGAAGGACCUGGAUGAAGCAACAUUAAAGCAGUUAGACAGCAUUCACGUCACCAUCUUACACAAGCAGGAAGGUGCUGGUCUUGGGUUCAGCUUGGCAGGAGGAGCAGAUCUAGAAAACAAAGUGAUUACGGUUCACAGAGUGUUUCCAAACGGGCUGGCCUCCCAGGAAGGGACUAUUCAGAAGGGCAGUGAGGUUCUUUCCAUCAACGGCAAGUCUCUCAAGGGGACCACGCACAAUGACGCCCUGGCCAUCCUCCGCCAAGCUCGCGAGCCCAGGCAAGCUGUGAUUGUCACAAGGAAGCAGACUCCAGAGACCGUGCCCGACCUCAACUCCUCCACCGACUCUGCAGCCUCAACCUCUGCAGCCAGUGAUGUUUCUGUAGAUUCUACAGCAGAGGCCACAGUCUGCACGGUGACACUGGAGAAGAUGUCUGGAGGGCUGGGCUUCAGCCUGGAAGGAGGGAAGGGCUCGCUGCAGGGAGACAAGCCUCUCACCAUUAACAGGAUUUUCAAAGGUAUGGGGCGUGUUUGGUUCUUUGCGUGCUCUCCAGUUGUGGGCAUGUGACCAGGCCCCCAAAAGGCUUCUGGGCACCUUCUGGGCAUCUUCUGAACUAUGUUGGUUUCCCACAACCCCAUCGUCUUCAUACGCAUGCUGGUCUUUUUAGGGCUCGAUUCUGCUUUUUCUACUUUUGCUCCUUUGCCCAGACAUCCCCUCAGCCUGCCUCUGUUUUCAAGGGUCCUCAUAAGCACCUAAGUCCUGGACUUGUUCAGGUUGGCAGGGCAGGACUCUAGAGUGAGGCAGUGAGGCACUGGCCUGUGGUAUAAAUUUUAAAGGGGUACCAAAAUACUUGGUAACCCAGAUCAAUGCGAUUUUAAUGCAGUGUUUUUAAAAAAUUAGUUUUAGGCUGGGCGCGGUGGCUCACACCUGCAAUUCCAGCACUUUGGGAGGCCAAGGUGGGAAGAUCACAUGGUCAGGAGUUCCAGACCAGC